AUGGACCCUCGAACCACCUUCGCCCGCUGGCGCAUUAACGCCCCCUACAAGCCCAUCACCAGGAAGGGCCUGGGCCAGAGGAUGGGAGGGGGGAAGGGGGCGAUAGACCACUACGUAACGCCGGUGAAGUACGGACGGAUGAUUGUGGAGGUGGGGGGUCGGCUGGAACUGGGGGAGGUGGAGCCUAUCCUCAAGGAGGUGGCCAAGAAACUGCCCUUCCCUGCCAAGGUCAGUUCCCCGCUGGGGAUAAAUACAGGUUGAAGAAAUGGGGCCAAAAUCUAGGGGUGGUGCUGGUCAAUCACAGUAGCACCCUCUCUUUUUAUAUGCAGGUAUAUGUUGAAAACAACAAAACUAGACGGGUAUUUGCAAGUUCCCUGGGAGGCUUGGGAUAUUGAAUUCUACUGUGGUAACAUCACAGACCUUAUUACAUUCUACCAUGCCACCCUAUAGGGAGGACUAUGAAUCUGAUUGUAAAGACGUGUAUAAUUUCCUCUGAUUCUAAUCCUAUUCCUGACCUCUAACCUCUGACCUCUCUCUCCACCAGGUAGUGUCCAGAGAGAGCCUUGGUAGCAGGAACACUAUACCUGAUCCUGUCCUUAUGUAACCUCUGACCUCUUGACCUCUCUCCACCAGGUAGUGUCCAGAGAGAGCCUGGUAGGAGGAACACUAUACCUGAUCCUGUCCUUAUGUAACCUGACCUUGACCUCUCUCCACCAGGUAGUGUCCAGAGAGAGCCUUGGUAGCAGGAACACUAUACCUGAUCCUGUCCUUAUGUAACCUCUGACCUCUGACCUCUCUCCACCAGGUAGUGUCCAGAGAGAGCCUUGGUAGCGGGAACACUAUACCUGAUCCUGUCCUUAUGUAACCUCUGACCUCUGACCUCUCUCUCCACCAGGUAGUGUCCAGAGAGAGCCUUGGUAGCAGGAACACUAUACUGAUCCUGUCCUUAUGUAACCUCUGACCUCUCUCUCCACCAGGUAGUGUCCAGAGAGAGCCUUGGUAGCAGGAACACUAUACCUGAUCCUGUCCUUAUGUAACCUCUGACCUCUGACCUCUCUCUCCACCAGGUAGUGUCCAGAGAGAGCCUUGGUAGCAGGAACACUAUACCUGAUCCUGUCCUUAUGUAACCUCUGACCUCUCUCCUACCAGGUAGUGUCCAGAGAGAGCCUUGGUAGCAGGAACACUAUACCUGAUCCUGUCCUUAUGUAACCUCUGACCUCUGACCUCUCUCCACCAGGUAGUGUCCAGAGAGAGCCUUGGUAGCAGGAACACUAUACCUGAUCCUGUCCUUAUGUGACCUCUGACCUCUGACCUCUCUCUCCACCAGGUAGUGUCCAGAGAGAGCCUUGGUAGCAGGAACACUAUACCUGAUCCUGUCCUUAUGUAACCUCUGACCUCUGACCUCUCUCUCCACCAGGUAGUGUCCAGAGAGAGCCUUGGUAGCAGGAACACUAUACCUGAUCCUGUCCUUAUGUAACCUCUGACCUCUCUCCACCAGGUAGUGUCCAGAGAGAGCCUUGGUAGCAGGAACACUAUAGCUGAUCCUGUCCUUAUGUAACCUCUGAUCUCUGACCUCUCUCCACCAGGUAGUGUCCAGAGAGAGCCUUGGUAGCGGGAACACUAUACCUGAUCCUGUCCUUAUGUAACCUCUGACCUCUCUCCACCAGGUAGUGUCCAGAGAGAGCCUUGGUAGCAGGAACACUAUACCUGAUCCUGUCCUUAUGUAACCUCUGACCUCUCUCCACCAGGUAGUGUCCAGAGAGAGCCUUGGUAGCAGGAACACUAUACCUGAUCCUGUCCUUAUGUAACCUCUGACCUCUGACCUCUCUCUCCACCAGGUAGUGUCCAGAGAGAGCCUUGGUAGCAGGAACACUAUACCUGAUCCUGUCCUUAUGUAACCUCUGACCUCUGACCUCUCUCUCCACCAGGUAGUGUCCAGAGAGAGCCUUGGUAGCGGGAACACUAUACCUGAUCCUGUCCUUAUGUAACCGCUGACCUCUCUCCACCAGGUAGUGUCCAGAGAGAGCCUUGGUAGCAGGAACACUAUACCUGAUCCUGUCCUUAUGUAACCUCUGACCUCUGACCUCUCUCCACCAGGUAGUGUCCAGAGAGAGCCUUGGUAGCGGGAACACUAUACCUGAUCCUGUCCUUAUGUAACCUCUGACCUCUCUCCACCAGGUAGUGUCCAGAGAGAGCCUUGGUAGCAGGAACACUAUACCUGAUCCUGUCCUUAUGUAACCUCUGACCUCUGACCUCUCUCCACCAGGUAGUGUCCAGGAGAAGCCUUGGUAGCGGGAACACUAUACCUGAUCCUGUCCUUAUGUAACCUCUGACCUCUCUCUCCACCAGGUAGUGUCCAGAGAGAGCCUUGGUAGCAGGAACACUAUACCUGAUCCUGUCCUUAUGUAACCUCUGACCUCUGACCUCUCUCCACCAGGUAGUGUCCAGAGAGAGCCUUGGUAGCAGGAACACUAUACCUGAUCCUGUCCUUAUGUAACCUCUGACCUCUGAUCUCUCUCUCCACCAGGUAGUGUCCAGAGAGAGCCUUGGUAGCAGGAACACUAUACCUGAUCCUGUCCUUAUGUAACCUCUGACCUCUGACCUCUCUCCACCAGGUAGUGUCCAGAGAGAGCCUUGGUAGCAGGAACACUAUACCUGAUCCUGUCCUUAUGUAACCUCUGACCUCUGACCUCUCUCCACCAGGUAGUGUCCAGAGAGAGCCUAGCAGCCAUGCAGCGAGAACAGCAGGACAUGGAACUUAACAACCAGAACCCCUGGACCUUCCAGAGGAUCGCCAGGGGCAACAUGCUGGGGGUCAGGAGGGUCCUCAGCCCCUUUGACCUCCACAAUCACGGGAAGUACAGCGGAAAGUUCCACAACCCAGGGAGGGUGUGAGGGGGGGGGGG